AUGUAUUGGAAGGUUCGCGAUAUCAUUGCCGUUCAUGGCUGCAAGGGCGGCGUAGGCAAGUCAACGGUAGCUGCCGGUUUAGCCCUCAGCUUAAAAAAUCAUGGCUGUACAGUAGGCAUAUGCGAUCUUGAUAUAUGUGGCCCCAACCUAGCGUAUAUCCUCGGCGCCGACGAUUCUUACGUGAAAUGGAGGCGAGUCGAAUUGGAAGACGGGGCCAUUAAAUAUGACUCUCAUGUUCCAACUACUUCAAUUCAGGCACAGAAGGUUUCCAAUGCAGCCGAAAACGUAAGAGUGUCGCAUGACAAUGAUGGGUUCCCUACAAUGGCCUUCGAAAGGGUUGAACCAAUCACUACUAGUCUUUUAGAGCCCAAAGUGGUGCACGGCAUCAAGUUGAUGUCUUUUGCCUUCAUCAAGUCUAAACAAGAACUAGGGUAUGCGGCCUUUAGGGGUCCAGUACUUGACCAAAUUGCUUCCGAGUUGCUUCUAAAGACAGAUUGGGGCGAGUUGGAUUAUCUCAUCCUUGAUCUCCCCCCCGGAACUGGUGAUGUAAUCAUAUCCAUUCUGGAGGAAGUUACGCUUUCUGGGUUGGUUGCGGUCUCAACUCCGCACGGUCUGGGGUAA